GGAUGGGCGCGUUUCGACUGUUUAAUCUGUGGGGAGACCUUUCAGUCCUUGUCAGCCCGCACAGAGCACAAGAAGAGCCAUAUGGAGCAAGGCGCUUACCAGUGCUCACAGUGCCACAGGAAGUUCAACUGGGCGUCGGCCAUGGUGAGACACCUGAAGGUUCACACAGAGGGCACUGAGGUCAAAACGCAGGAACUUACAAAAAGCCUGAAGUCUGAGAAAGAGGAUAUAGGGAUUAAAGAGAUUGUAGGAGAGGUGGCUAUUGAACCCCCUGAAACAGACCCGGUGUUGGAGGAUGGAGGGAAAUCCUGUCACAAUCCACAGGAAGGAGCUGGUCAGUCCACUUCAUCUGAGCCUGCAGUGUUGGUGCCUGGACUUCUGGACAAGGUUGUAACACUUGUCAAGGUCCGUACCAGUGGUAGGAAAACGAAACCGACCUUGAAGGUGCAGAUGGUGAACCUGCAGAAGCUCAAGGGAAAGGUUGCCACCCCAAAGAGGAGGACAGAUGGAAGCUUGAUGAACCCCCAGGGUUUCACACCAUUGCAUUUUAAGAGUGAGGAACACUCCUAUGGCUCACCAGUGGUCUCAACAAAGGAAGGAGAUACAGGUUUUCACUUCUACUCUGUUGGUCCUUCAGGGUGGUGUCCAUUCGUCAACUCAGACGAGGCGUCCGUCCAGCAGCACAUUGAGACGAACCACUCGGGGGAAGAGCAGGAAGAUGCUCUGUCUGCUCCGCACCAAACAGGCCAAGCGGGACACUAUGAUUGCCCAGACUGUAACAGCAGCUACAAGUUUCAGUCCUUACUGAAAUACCAUCGGCGCGUCCACACCGGCGAGCGCCCAUACGUGUGCCCUCAGUGCGGACGCCGCUUCUCCUUCAAGCAGUCACUGGAGAGGCACGGACAGACACACAAGGAUGGGCGCAAGCAUGACUGUCUGAUCUGUGGGCAGAACUUCAAGUCCUUGUCAGCGUACACAGAGCACAAGAAGAACCACAUGGAGAACGGUGUGUAUCGGUGUUCGGAAUGCGACCGUCGGUUCUCCUGGAAGUCUGCGCUGGUCAGACACCUCCGGACUCACACGGAGAACGCCACCGAGGCUGAGCUCUCUUACAAAUGCCCACGGUGUGACUUGGGAUUCAGCAGUAGUACGUACCUUAACAGGCACCUGCUCACACACCAAGAGGAGAGGUUGCAUGUCUGCAGCUGUGGCAAGAACUUUGCCUACAAGGCUGCUCUGACCGCACACCAGCGCACCCACCUGAAAGAGAGGCCACACCAGUGCAAGCAGUGUGGAAAGGGUUUCCUCUACAAGGGAGGGCUGGUAAGUCACAUGAAGAUCCACUCCGAAGAAAUGCCUUUCAUGUGCUCAUUCUGUGGGAAGAGCUUCAAGAGGGAGAGGAACAUGAAGAAACACGAACGCUGCCACACCAGGGAGAACGUGUUCAGCUGCUCGCAGUGCGACAAGACCUUUGUGUACAAGGCCACACUGACCAGGCACGAGCUAACCCACUCGGGGGAGAGACCGUUCCUGUGCUCCGAUUGUGGCAAAGGGUUUUUCUCCCAUGCGGAGCUUCUAAAGCAUGAGCGCUUCCACACGGGCCACAAGCCGUUCCAGUGCUCCCACUGCGGGAAGCAGUUCACCCAGUCCUGCUACCUGACCAUUCACCUGCGCUACCACACAGGGGUACGGCCUUACUCCUGCACCCAUUGUGACAAGAGCUUUCUCAGCGCCAACCGUCUAAAGAGACACCUGAGAACCCACACAGGAGAGAAACCCUACCUGUGUUCAGAGUGUGGCAAAGGAUUCAAACAGUCAUAUCACCUCAAGAUGCACCAGCAGACUCAUGCCACCAAGAUUUACUGAGGCAUGAUUGUGUCUCUGUCCAGAUUUCAGUCAAAUGGUUUGGUAGAAUGUAAUAGUGAGUUAGCUGUCGACAGUAGACAUCAGGAGUGUUAAAAUAUAAAUACUGAAUAAUAAUAUAAAUUCAAUAUGCAACAAAUUCAAAGAUUUUAGUGAGUUACAGUUCAUAUAAGGAAAUCAUUCAAUUGAAAUAAAUUCAUUAGGCACUAA